UUUAUUAUUAUUCCGCUUUGUUUUGCGGCGGUGAGUCGACGUGGAGGCUUAUCAAUUUUGUGUUUUUAUGUUUUUCAAUUAUAGUUGUGUGUGAAUUGAACUUCAAUGAAAUAGUUCGAUAAGUGUUAAUAUUUUUAUGGACUUUUGAAAGUUAAUACCUUGUAAUAGAGUUAUCGUUAAAAUCGUAGUGAGCCUUGAUGUCAAUAAACUUGUCGGUGGUAUUUUAUGGGAAAGGUGUGCCGCGUCGCGCGUGGUACCUGUUUGCUGAGGGCAAGCGUUUGAGGUCACAUCUUUGACUGGAUGUGUUUGGUGCUUGAUGCAGCGGCGCCAUGGAGUCCUGUGUUGAAAAAGGUCUGCGAAGAUGCUGGUUUCAUCUUCGGUGAAUGAUCGUGGCGGCUGCAUGGCCUUGCUGCGGGUCAGCGCUCGAGCCGGCCCGAGCCGACGGCGCCCCGUCGUCGACACAAGACUGAACCCCAUGGAGGCCUUAACAAACAACGACGGAAGAUGAUCAUCGAACAGUGAUAAAAAAAUAUUUUUGGAAACUUAUUAUUAGUUUUUGAAAGAAAUAUUUUUGGAAUAAUAUUUUUGUAGAACUUUAUGGUGCUCAAUAGUGUAGUGUAGUGAGUCGAUAUAUUUAUCGAUAGUUUGAGUGAUGGUGUGUUGGCGAUGAGCUCCUCGAUGGCGACCGAGGGGGAGGCGGUGAAGGUGGAGGGGGGGCACGUGUCCGUCACCACCAUCAGCAUGUCGGGGCCGGAGACCAGCAAUGGCCAGUUCUCGUACAGCUCGAGCGGGGUGCGCAUCAGCGUGUGCUCCGACCCGCUGGACGACGACUCCACCGACGCGGAGAUCUCCAAGAUCGACUUCUCACAACAUCAGUAUGAGGUGAACAUGCGCAACAAGAAGAAGCGGUCCCUGUCUGGCGCGUGCCCGGAGCAGGACGAGCGCGAGCGGCCCAUGUCGUGGGAGGGCGAGCUCAGCGACUCGGAGAUGGUCAUCGAUACCGGCACCAUGAAUGACGAGAACUCCAACUCACUAGACCUGCAGUCAUCCCGUGACUCGGUGGACACGCUCCGCUCCGCUCACAUCAAGACGGAGCCGGCGCGCAGCCCGCUCGACCUCAAGUACUCGCCGCUGCACCACCGCAGCCUCAGCAUGAACCGGAUAUCGGUGCUAACAGAGAGUGCGUCCCUCUCUCUCCCGCGACGGCCAGCCUCGCCGAACAGCGUCAAGUCUCUGAACCUCAGCCAGGACCAGAAGAUCCCCGUCAUCAUCCCCUCCAGUGUCGGCGAAGUGCAAAACUUGACGAUAAAGAAGGAGAACACUCACCAGUAUUUGCAGACUCAGCUUUCAGAACUGAAAUCCGAGCCCUCCCUGCCCAUGGACAAGCUGGCCGCGCUGCACGGGUCGCCGCUGCUGGGCCGCCUGCCGCGCGUGCUGUCCAGCGCCAGCACCGACUCCGCCGUGCACUCCAUGUAUGCACACAGCGUCUACAGCAGCCCUUCAGCCUCUCCGCGAGCCUCGAGACACUACACGCCGUCCUUGUCUCGCAAUAACAGCGACGCGUCGCACUCGUCCUGCUACUCAUACAGCUCCGAGUUCUCUCCCACUCACUCGCCCGUGCAGGGUCGACAUCACCCCAGCUUAUUGUACCGAGAGGCGGCCCCCACCCACGACGAAGACACGGACACGGCGGACGACAGACUUCACCACCACCAGGGCAUCAGCAGGCAACAGCUUAUUAAUAGCCCCUGCCCAAUCUGCGGCGACAAGAUCAGCGGCUUCCACUACGGCAUAUUCUCGUGUGAAUCCUGCAAGGGGUUCUUCAAGAGAACAGUACAGAACAGGAAGAACUACAUGUGUCUGCGCGGCGGCAGUUGUCCUGUCACUGUGGCCACGAGGAAGAAGUGUCCGGCCUGCCGGUUUGAUAAAUGUUUGGGCUGCGGGAUGAAGCUUGAAGCAAUAAGAGAAGACCGUACCCGAGGGGGCCGCUCCACCUACCAGUGUUCGUACUCGCUGUCCGGCGCCGCGUCCACCGGCUCGCUGCUGUCCGCGCACGCGCCGCCCACGCUGCGCCACGCCUCCAGCCUCACUUCUGUGAAUGGCCCAGGGUCAUACAACAGUAGAGGGGAAUCGAGCAACAGUCGAAACACGCCAGAAAUACCGCCAUUAUUGCAGGAAAUAAUGGACGUGGAACACCUAUGGCAGUACAACGAGUCUGAAGUCCGGCGACCAUCGACCGGGUCUCCCUCCGCCAACCCGCUCCUCGCUGCCAGCGGGAUCACGGCUCAGAACUCCAGUCCAGACUUCCUGGCCGAUCUGUGUAAUAUUGCAGAUCAUAGGCUGUACAAGAUUGUGAAGUGGUGUAAAAGUUUGCCGCUGUUUAAGAAUAUUUCGAUCGACGACCAGAUCUGCCUACUCAUCAACAGCUGGUGCGAGCUGCUGGUGCUGUCGUGCUGCUACCGCGGCGUGAGCACGCCGGGCGAGGUGCGCGUCGGCGCCGGCCGCGGCCUCACGCUGCAGCAGGCCGCCAAAUUGGGGCUAACGCCGUGUAUAGAACGUAUGCUGAGCUUCACCGACCACCUUAGAAGACUGAGGGUAGACCGAUACGAAUAUGUGGCGCUCAAAGUUAUUGUUCUACUUACAUCAGACGCAUCAGACCUGCGCGAGGCGGAGAAAGUGCGAGCCUCCCAAGAGAAGGCGCUGGCGGCGCUGCAGGCGUACACCGCAGCGCACUCGCCCGCCACGCCCGCCAAGUUCGGGGAACUCCUGCUACGGAUUCCCGAGCUGCAGCGGACUUGCCAGUUCUUCAUGCAAGUCGGCAAGGAAAUGCUGAACCCAGCCAACAAGAGCAAAGAGGGCGACGGGCCCAGCUUCAACCUACUCAUGGAGCUGCUGCGAGGCGACCAUUGACCCCGGCCAUAGACAAGCGACCAUAGAGUAUGUACCCAUGACGGUGGAACCAUGGAAGUGCCAUUAAACUGCCACAACGAUGUUUAUGCGAGAAUUUAGAUACUUGUAUAAAAAGUUGCUAUGCUAAAUGUUAUAAUAUCGUUGUGGUAAUAUUGAAAUGUCGAUACUCCAGUGCCUGAUGCCCUACCAUGAGAUAAAAGACCACAUGGGUCGGUGAAGACAGCAGCUUACAUGUCAUGGUAGGGGCUUCGUAAAGGUACGUUUUUGCCACUACGAUAACUUGUAUAUUCCUAUUUCGUGUUCCCGCGUACUCGUUAGGAGAUAAUGUUCAAUAUUGCCUUGAAAGCAACAUGUGAAAGACUGCUUUAGAUUAAAGUCAUUUUCAUUAUCAUAUUAACAGCAUCAAACAAACAAACAUAAACACACAGCAUCAAUAUUGAAGACCUAAUCAUCGAAUCUGGAUCUUAUGUUUCUUCGGUGGUAUUUUUGUAUUUUAAAUGUAAAUAAAAGUUUAGAAACAUAAGAUUCAUUUUCGAGUCAUGUUAUCCAGAUGUGCCAACGUAGACUAAUAUGCAAAUGCAUUUAUUUUUAUACAUCUUGUAAAUGGCACAUAAGAACCGACAUUACGUAGAUACAUAGCUACUUAGAAAACUUCCGUGAUAUAAAAUAUUAUAAACUUACACUGCCAUACCAUGCUUUUUAUAUUGUAAUAUGUAUUUGUCUUUAACUUGUGUGUCUUAUAUAAAGUAAGGCCAAGGGAUCAAUUUAAAUUAUAUAUUCGUAAUACUAUUUUAACUAACACUAUUUUAAGUAAAAAUACAUAAGAAACGGCUUUUGAGAGACAGUUGCUAGGUAUGGCAUGCUAUCUUGCAAAUACUUAUUGCAAACAGUUUUCAAGCGUGCUUAUAAAGACAGUAUUUAUAUCAGACAAUACGGCGCGGCGGAAUCAAAUCGAUUUAGUUCAGAACUUUUACUACAGACCAUCAUUCGAGAGCAAUGUCUUCCAUUAAGCAUUACAGUUCUAAAGUAUUUUUAACUAUUGUAACCGACCUGAAAAAAAGGAGUAAUUUUUCAAUUUGUCUGUAUGCAUGUUUUAUUUUUUGUUUUCUCUAAUACCACAUUUUAUUCUUACAUCCGUCUCUUGCUAUGUAUUUAUUCAAAAGCGGAAAUUAUGCUGCCAUUCCGAUUUAUUCCAUAGAGAUUUGAAGUAACCAGAAACAAAAGACGCAAUUCUUAAUUUAUUUUAUAAACAAAUAAAUUAAUAGUAGUAAUAAUAGAUACGUAGUAAUGUAGUUUAGUCCUAUUUUGUGUGGAAUUUUUAAAACAUUGCCAUUUUAUCUAUGACGUUUUCUAGUUAAUGUCUCUUUAGCCUUUUUGAUAAUUUUAUAGUUUUCUAGGAGUUAAACUCUCAGACAUAUUAAAUUAAGACACAAUAUUGCACAAUGCAAAGUCUGAUAAAUAAAUAAUUACAAAUAACAACACACGAUUUAUUCUGCUGUACUAUAAUUAUGUGGAAAUGUUUGUCAAAUGAUCCAUUAAUUAUUCAGUUUAUCAGUUAAUUGGUCUCUUACAAAGGCAAAAAACUUGUUGUAAUGUGACAUCAUUACUGUUCAUUUAAUUCAUAAUUAAGUUAGUAUUGAAAUUUUCACGCAAUGUUAAACAAAAUAAUGUAUUGGUCAGAGAUACUAAGUUAUUGGUGCAAUAUUUUGUGUAAAGUAUAAACUUUCACUAUUAGUAAGAUACAUUUUAUUAUAGUCUUUUUAUCGCUUUUUUGGUAUUUUUGAACGCAUAAGUUGUAUUAUCUUGACAAGUAUACAGAAAAGAAGAACCAGUCAGUCACUGCCGAAAGUAUAUACCUAAUUAUGUAAUAUAUUUAAUAAUAAUAAUAGAUACUCUCAACGAAGCCAAGCUACGUCUGAGAAAUGCAAUACUUACAUUAUUGUAUGAAAAAUAUUCUCAUUUUGUACGUAUUAGGAUAAGUAGAUUUAAGUACAUUGUGUAAACAUUUAUAUAUUAUUUUAUUAAGUACCCUACUUACAUAAUUAUUAAUAUAGGUACAUAUGUAAUGGUUUUUAUACAUUGAAGACAUAAAUAAAUAAUAUUUUCAUAAAACGUAAUUUUUUAAAGGGGCACAAGUACUUCAUUUGUUUGUAUUUUUAUAAUAUAAUGUAGUUAGUUUUGAAGCUCAUUCGUAGGCUAAGUUUAAGUAAAUUUCGCAACAAUGUGCCACAGUGUAAGUAAUUUGUAGUAGUUUUCGAGUGCAGUUAUACCUAUUCUAUGAGAUUUUGUGAUGUGAUCUAAUUGACAACUCAAAUUGCCAGUAAACUUAACAUUUUAUGAAACUAUACUACUUACGUUCAUCUUGUAUAAGUCAUAAAUGUUUAAGAAACACACAAAAUAUUGGAAAUACGUAAAAUAAUUGUAUAUGUUUAAUAUUGCAGUGUUUCUUUCAGUUUCUUUUUAAAGGUAAAUAGUAGAAGCUGCUGCGUAGUUGUAUUUUUUUUACUGAACUGAUAUGUGUAAGGAGUUAGCUGUAUAAGAUUUUAUAUAUUUUUAUAUAGGUACAGUAAAGGUGUGUUGGCGACAGUAGUGCUCGGAAAUGUAGCUUGAAAGAGUCCAAGUAAUUUUUAUAUUAAAAAUUAUGAGGAGAAGUAAGAAUGGUAACGUCCAAUAUUUUGUAUUUUACGUUUGUUAUGUCUAGUUUUUUUAAUUAAUAUCUAAGUAUUAUAAUAAUUUCUAUUCUAUAGAUCAUAGAUUACAUAUGAAAAGAUUUUUUUAUAUAUAUAGAACAAGAAAUAAAUGCAAUUUCGUAAUUAA